AUGUGGCGACUUCGCGUGGCGACAGGGGACAGUCCGUUUCUGACGAGCGUCAGCGACUUCCCUGGCCGACAGACUUGGGAGUUUGACCCGGCAGCAGGGACAGAGGAGGAGAGGCAGGAGGUGGAGAGGCUGAGGGAGGAGUUCACGCGGAAUAGGCAGGGGCAAAAACACAGCAGCGAUGCGCUCAUGAGGUUGCAGCUCACAGGAGGCAAGCCUCCCGCCAACCAGCCCCCUCAAGUGCGAGUAACCGAAGAGCCCGUGUCGACAGCCACAGUCGUGGAUGAGGCGGCAGUGGAUGUGACUCUAAGGAGGGCUGUGCGCUUCUAUGAGACGAUUCAGGCAGAGGACGGGCACUGGGCGGGGGACUAUGGCGGCCCUCUCUUCCUCAUGCCAGGGCUGCUAAUCACCCUGCAUGUGACGGGCGCACUGGACCAGGUGCUGACAGCAGAGAGCAAGAGCCUCUGUGGUGCUGAUUACCCUGCAUGUGACGGGCGCACUGGACCAGACCAGGUGCUCACAGCAGAGCGUAAGACUGAUCACGCUGCAUGUGACGGGCGCCCUGAACCAGGUGCUGACAGCCGAGCACCAGAGUCUCUAUCUACGCUGAUCACCCUGCAUGUGACGGGUGCACUGGACCAGGUGCUGACAGCAGAGCACAAGAGGGAGAUGGUGCGAUACCUCUACAACCACCAGAACCCGGACGGCGGGUGGGGGCUGCACAUAGAGGGCCACAGCACCAUGUUCGGCUCCACCCUCAACUACGUCUCCCUGCGCAUCCUGGGCGAUCACCCGGCCAAUCCCGCCAUGGCAGCUGGCCGCGAGUGGAUCCUCUCGCAUGGCAGCGCCACUGCCAGCACCUCCUGGGGAAAAUUCUGGCUCUGCGUGAGUGCAGUGCAGUGCAGGGGCUAUGUAUUCAUUUUCCAUCUGCAUGCUGCUGCCACGCUGGUGCCAUUGCCAGCACCUCCUGGGGCAAAUUCUGGCUCUGCCACCUCCUGGGGCAAAUUCUGGCUCUGCGUGAGUGCAGUGCAGUGCAGGGGCUAUGUAUUCAUUUUCCAUCUGCAUGCUGCUGCCACGCUGGUGCCAUUGCCAGCACCUCCUGGGGCAAAUUCUGGCUCUGCCACCUCCUGGGGCAAAUUCUGGCUCUGCGUGAGUGCAGUGCAGUGCAGGGGCUAUGUAUUCAUUUUCCAUCUGCAUGCUGCUGCCACGCUGGUGCCAUUGCCAGCACCUCCUGGGGCAAAUUCUGGCUCUGCCACCUCCUGGGGCAAAUUCUGGCUCUGCGUGAGUGCAGUGCAGUGCAGGGGCUAUGUAUUCAUUUUCCAUCUGCAUGCUGCUGCCACGCUGGUGCCAUUGCCAGCACCUCCUGGGGCAAAUUCUGGCUCUGCCACCUCCUGGGGCAAAUUCUGGCUCUGCGUGAGUGCAGUGCAGUGCAGGGGCUAUGUAUUCAUUUUCCAUCUGCAUGCUGCUGCCACGCUGGUGCCAUUGCCAGCACCUCCUGGGGCAAAUUCUGGCUCUGCGUCAGUGCAGUGCAGUGCAGGUGCUAUGUUCCAUUCCCUCUGGCAUCAGUCAAUCGACCAGUCCCUUCUUCUCCCCCACUCCCUUCACUCACCUACAAGCCCUCGUCCACCACCACUGCUGCCGUUGCGUCUACCCAUUCCCGCUGCACGUGCUUGUCCGCCCUUGUGUGAUGGGCAGGUGCUAGGCGUGUACGACUAUCGAGGCAUCAACCCCAUGCCCCCUGAAAUGUGGCUUUUACCCUACUUCCUCCCCGUUCACCCAGGGCGCAUGUGGUGCCACUGCCGCAUGGUGUACCUCCCCAUGUGCUACAUCUACGGCUUGAGAGCCCAUGGCCCCACUGACACGCCCCUCGUUGCGGCUCUUAGAGAGGAGCUCUAUAACGAGCCAUAUGAGUCCAUCAACUGGAACAACAUGAGGCGCCGAUGUGUCAAGGUGAGUGCUUUCUCUUACUGUGAGAUCGGUAAUAGUCUUACCGCUGUACUUGAAGCUACCUCCAAAAUGCCCACUACAAUCCCUCCCCUCCUUCCCUCCGCCCCUCCUCCCCUCCGCCCCUCCUCCCCUCCGCCCCUCCUCCCCUCCACACCUCCUCCCAUCCUCCCCUCCGCCCCUCCUCCCCUCCGCCCCUCCUCCCCUCCGCCCCUCCUCCCCUCCACACCUCCUCCCAUCCUCCCAUCCGCCCCUCCUCACCUCCUCCCUCCUCCCCUCCUCACCUCCUCCCUCCUCCCCUUCUCCGCUCCUCCCUUCCUCCCACAUACCAUAGGAGGACCUGUGAUCAACGUGCUGUGCUGUUGGGUGAUCAACAUGCUGUGCUGCUGGGUGGAGGAUCCCACCAGUGAGGCAUUCAAGAAGCACCUGCCACGCGUGGCGGACUACCUCUGGCUGGCCGAGGAUGGCAUGAAGAUGCAGGUGGGGCUGGGGUCACCUGGCACGAGUGGCGGACUACCUCUCUGGGUGGCCGAUGACGGCAUGAAGAUGCAGGUGGGGCUGUGUGUGACACUGUAUGCGAGGAGUGACUAUAUGCGGUGUGGUAACCACAAGAAGCCCCUUCCGCGAGUGGCGGACUGCCUCUGGCUGGCGGAGGGUGGCAUGAAAAUAUGGGUGGGUGUUGUGCGGAAUGUGGUUGCUGCAGAGACCCUGUGGGACACGGCCUUUGCAGUGCAGGCGCUGCACUCCACCUGCAUGAUGGACGAAACCCAUCGCGCCCUCAACCUCGCCCACUCGUAUCUCGAGCGCUCCCAGGUCCAGGAGGACUGUCCCGGCAAGCUAUCAGCGUGGUACCACCGCAUCUCCAGGGGCGCCUGGCCCUUGUUUCUCCACGCACCUUCCUUCUCCUCUUUCCUCUUUCCCUCACCCCUGCUCUCAUCCCACCAACCAGGCAUCGCUCAUCUUGGAGGCCCUCCCGCCCCACCUGGUGGGGGAGGCCAUUCCCGAGCGCGCCUCUGCGACUGUGUCGACGUCAUUCUUUCCUACCAGGUCAGUGAUGACGUCAUUCUCUCCUACCAGGUCAGUGAUGGCGUCAUUCUCUCCUACCAGGUCAGUGAUGACGUCAUUCUCUCCCACCAGGUCAGUGAUGACGUCAUUCUCUCCUACCAGGUCAGUGAUGGCGUCAUUCUCUCCUACCAGGUCAGUGAUGACGUCAUUCUCUCCUACCAGGUCAGUGAUGACGUCAUUCUCUCCUACCAGGUCAGUGAUGACGUCAUUCUCUCCUACCAGGUCAGUGAUGACGUCAUUCUCUCCUACCAGGUCAGUGAUGACGUCAUGCUCUCCUACCAGGUCAGUGAUGACGUCAUUCUCUCCUACCAGGUCAGUGAUGACGUCAUUCUCUCCUACCAGGUCAGUGAUGACGUCAUUCUCUCCUACCAGGUCAGUGAUGACGUCAUUCUCUCCUACCAGGUCAGUGAUGACGUCAUUCUCUCCUACAAGGUCAGUGGUGACGUCAUUCUCUCCUACCAGGUCAGUGGUGACGUCAUUCUCUCCUACCAGGUCAGUGAUGGCGUCAUUCUCUCUUACAAGGUCAGUGAUGACGUCAUUCUCUCCUACAAGGUCAGUGAUGACGUCAUUCUCUCCUGUCAGGUCAGUGGUGACGUCAUUCUCUCUUACCAGUUAGCCACUCUCUUUGCCUGCCUGUGCGACUGUGUGCAGGCAGCAUCCUUCCCUACCAGGGGAGAUGCCAGAUGGUGCAUCU